AUGCAACGAGAUUAUUUAAUAUAUCCUUUAUUGAUUGGAACUCAUUCAGGAGUUAUUUGGUCAUAUGAAAAUCCAUUGGAAUUAAUAAUAUUUGAUAAUAAUCAUCCACUUGAUGUUUCAGCUAAUAAAUGUAAUAGUUCAUCAUUUUGUCUUUGGUAUGUAUCACCUCUAUGGCAAUUUAAUGAUGUAAAUAAUACAACAUAUGCUCUCAUGGAAAAAACUCAAACAACUAUUGUUUUAGAAGGUUCAGCAGCUGAGAUCGUGCAAUUAUUAGUCUAUCAUUCAGCAAUGAAUGUUCUCAAUCUAAAAUGUUUUCUUUCACCUAUUACCGGUCAAGCACAAUUGGUUGUUACACCAUCAAGAGUUACUUGUUCUGGAGUGAAUGGAGAUAAUUAA